AUGUCUUCGUCUCUUUCGUUGCCGAUUCCAAUUCCGUUCGCAAUGGAUUCUCCGUCGUGUGUGACGGUCGCGCAGCUGGCACUUUCCAAACCUCUGAAGCACCACCGUCCUUUGGUCAGAGGCAGAGUCAGACAGCUUCAUAGCCGCCUCAACUCCGUUACGCCCUUUCGGUGCUCUUCCGCUGCGAACGACGCCGUCAUCACUCUCCACGUUGGGGGAAUGAUGUGCGAAGGUUGCGCUAAUAGCGUCAAAAAACUUUUAGAAAGCCGACCUCAAGUGUUAUCUGCACAUGUAAAUUUGGCAUCCGAGACAGCAAUUGUUUCGCCUGCACCUGAAGAAAAAACUGCACCAAAUUAUCUAAAGCAAUUAGGGGAGGAACUUGCACAGCAUUUAACUACAUGUGGUUUUACUUCUACCCUUCGAGAUCAAGAAGAUAGCAACUGA